CUUAUCAUUACACAUUAAUUACAUUAUCAAAUUUAAAUUUGUCACCUACAAAAAAAAUGAGUCCUCUCUUUGUUCUCUUCGUAUUAGUUCUCUCUAUUUCGAAGCCGGUCGUUUCGAUACCGGUCGGUCAGGAUGGCAACUCCGGGCCUUGCAAAGAUGUGUUCGACAAUUUUAGUGCAUGUUCCGAAUUUAUCGAAGGUGGGGCUUGCAAUGAUCCGUCGGCUACGUGUUGCCAGAAAAUAGCAACUUUGAAUGCGAUCGUGAAUCAAGAAAAUGGCGGUCGGGUGAGAAUUUGUAGAUGCAUCGAAUUCUUUUCGAUGUAUAACGCAAGCCGUCCUUUCAUUACUUCGCGUAUUCAAGAAUUGCCUCUAAAGUGCAACACACAAUUGAGUUUCCCUAUCUCUGAACGCAUGAACUGCUCUAGUAUCGAUCAUUAAUUGGGAGGCUACGCAAUCUCGGCUCUCCACGAUGAUUUAUUAUGAAUUCCUAAAGUAUGAAAACAAUUAUGUAUUACAUUUUAUAACGCGCACAUCCUUUAGUAGUACAAGUGAAAAUAGUAAUGAAUUAUUUUAUUUAAUGGUUGUAAGAACGAAAGUAUAUUUUAUAUCGGGUUAUUGAAUAAUAAUCCUCAUAUAUAUCUAUUAUGUGUAA